GCAGAGGGAAAUACUCCUUGUGCAAGUUGACUACGAACAUUUAGAAUUUGAACAGUUUGAGGGAGGUUAAAGGGGGGCGACUAUGCGACCGUGGCAGCCCCUGGGGGAGAGCGAGGAGGAGGCCGAGGAAGAGGAGGUCGAGAUGGAAGAGGAGGAGGUUGGGGGAAGGCCUUCCAGAGGUUUGGAGGCCGAGGGGGCUUCCAAGGAGGCAGGGGCUAUGGUGCCCCGCAAGGGUGAGGAUUCUGGAGCAUCAGAUGAGUCCUCAGCAAUGCAGAGACUAUCGCCUCCGCCGGGGUCAGGCUCUAGCUCCUUUCAUGCGCCACAUCCUAAGUCGUACAUGGAGGUGGUGGAGAUGUUAGCAAAGGGCCAGAAGCCGCCAGGCAUAAAGGACAUUGAUGACAAACCACCAAAUCCAGACCAGCCUCUUUCGUCAUCCCGAAUGAAGCCCCUGCCCAAGCCUUGGGAACGGUCCCUGUCACCCGAGUCAACGGCCUUGGGGACUGCACUGAUGAAUCAGAAGAAACCAAGCGCUCAGUACAGGAACUGGACGCCAGCGGCCUCUGGGCCCAUGCAGUCCCGAAGCAGUCCUGAAGGCAGCUACGACUUGCCGAGAGAUUUCCCAAAGGCCUCCGGUGGCGCUAUGACCAACACUUCCGCAGGUGCAGAGGGUACCAUCGCCACAGACAGGAUACCUUGGUGGCGUCAAAAUUUGAAGAUGCCUGCAUCGGCAAGCUCAUCUCCUACUGCCUCCACCGCAUCAACUAGCACGGCAUCCAGUGCUGUGGCUCAGUCCCUUAGACCCUUAUCAAGCAGCAGUGCGGCUUUGAGCAAACAAUCACAGCCUACGUUCGGUCAUCAACAGAGCCCCCUGUUAAGCCCUCGACAGAUCUCGCCAUUGGAUCAUGAGGUGAGCCCCCCCCAAUUGAGUCCUAAACGGGCAGAACCAGAGGGAAAGCCACAAGGUAGUAGCCUUGUCAGGAGGGCGAGCAUUCCCUCGCCCGCUGUCCAUCCGUCAGCGGUUGUGCCUUUGCCACAAGCUGCAGCUCCUCCAUUCCAAAUCAAGGAAGUUACUGUCAACAACAGGAUGCUGAAUGAAGCCCAGAGCAGUGCAGCUGAACCGACGAGCCUUGCUGUAGACAUGCCUGGUAAUGGGGAGGUAGGCAGCCCUCCAAGGACUGUUGCUGUCACCGUACCCCAUGAGUCUGUGGUAGAAAAAGUUCCUGUGGUCAACAAUGGGGACCUGGCUGUCCACGCGAGCGAUGCCAUGCCGGUUGAUGCUCAAGACGACAAGGUUCCCAAUGGCGUUACGCUGCCUAUGCUCCAAUCUUCAUUGGUGGCUGGAGCUCCUGAACCUGCGCCUCGAUCGACGUGGUCGCCUCCGCCAGCCCCAAAACCGAUACUGCAAAAGGCGCUUGCAGCUAUGGGCUACAAGGUCCCUGCAGAAGAACAGCCAACAGCUGUCGCAUCAACCGAGGAAGCAGUUCGAGGCAAAGGGGAGUCCAUCUCUGCAAAUGUUCCCACGAGUGAAAAUGAGAAGUCGGCAGACCCAAAAGACGAUGUAUCGAGUGAUGAGUUCACACCUAUUUUACAGUCCCCUGGUAGUCUGGCAGGUAGAGGCGAUUUGCUCACACAGAUUGAAAUUUGACAUAAGAGACUCUUAAAAGUCAGUUCAAGCCGAAAAAAAAAAAAGCAAAGUCGGAAAAAAAAAAAAAAAAAAAGUCAGAGCAAGAUUAAAAAAAAAAAGGAAGCAAAGUCGGAGCAAAUUUGCAGAGGGGGAUCUCGACAGAAUGGCGUGGUGUGCUGUGUGAUCAGGCCAUCUAGAAGAGUCUUAUCAGUGGAGAAGGACCAGCACACAGAUCUGCGUGGCUGACGGAAGAUGCAUAUUUUUUAAAGAAAGAUGUCACUUCUUUUUUUUUUUAUAGAGAAUAUGUUACUUAGCAACAAACAGUACGUGUUUUCCCGAGAUAGAUAGGUGAUGGGAUGAUACCCAGCAUUGUCUGUUUUUAGGUGCUGCCUGCCACCUGGCCAGGUCUCAGGUCCAAGAAGUUUUGUCGCCGUCCAAAAAUAGCACUCCGAGCAUUAUCUCUUCGUUACCUCCUGCCCCAUGGCCAGAUCUUGGGUCGAAGAAGUUUUCUCGUCGUCCAUUGCACUCCCGUUCAACGAAGUUCGCUUGUCGUCCCUGUGCCGGUUUGAACAGAACAACUUACGCAUCACUGCAGAUGCAUUGCAUGGGCUGUAUUGUCGUAGGUUGGGAUGCUUACCCUAAGAGCCUAAGCACUCCCUUCUUGCAGUGCGACAGUGAAGUGCAGAAUGCAGGGUGCGUUAGUGCACGCUUGCUUGCUUGCUUGCUUAUCGCGCUUCUUAAACGGCAGUCGAUAAAUAAAGCACACAUGAAAUGUCACUGACAGCAUGAAAGUUUGUCAAGCAAAAAUGAUGGUUAGUAACCGUUAGUUCGCCGUCCUUCUGUUCCCAGUUGCUUCAGCUCCUCCUGAUCGAGUUCUUGCGCAUCGAUGCCAAGCACUCAGUGUCUAGCGUGCAUCGGCGGCGAUAGGUAAUCUCACGUCUCAAACGCCGAACGGUGAUAUGUCAAAAAAGGCGGACAGAUAAGAUGGCACAUACAGCAUGAGUGUGUCAUCUCAAACCAAAAGUGGUGGUUGGAUGACGGUCCUGCUAGUCCAGUUCCUUUGGUUCCUGGUUCAUCCAUUUUCAACGACUCGGCAGCCAGUUAACUAGAGUUGAGUCUAACGACCAGUUAGUGAGGUGAUGGUUUGAUCUUGCCUGGCUGUUGACUACCGCCUUCACCUAAUUAGAAUGCCCGGUCAUUAUCGCUGUAACUAGACCGAAAGUUGGGUCGCUGUAAUCACUGGGCUUUCUAUUCGAGUGAAGACGGUAGUAGUGAAGUCUGUUGAGGUUGCCGAUAGAAUCAGGUGAGCAGAGUCUCCUGGGAGUUGAGAACAGGCCCUAACAUUUUUCAAGUCACCUGCUUCCAUAAGAAUUGGAACUCAUGCUCUGUGUUACGAACACAGUCCAACAGUUAUGUUAUGUUUACCUGUGUGCACCAUGCAUCAGCCACAGGGGCUACCUUCGUCACCCGAUUACAACGUAUGGUCAUGAUUGUUAUGUUUAGACUGAAAGAUACCCCAAAUGCAGCUGUAAUGAUCGACUGUUGUAUGUCGGUGAAGAAGGAGGUUCUGUGAGCUUAAAUGAGCAUCAUCAAGGUAUUCGAUCAACCUAACGGUGGUUUUCAACAAACAGUCUCAGACAUCAAGGAGAUCAGUGAAGCGAACUGUUCAUUUUUCAUUUUCGUGGCUUAGUGUAGGUUAUGUGGUAAUCCCAUUCCCAGAAUGUUAAUGCUUCUAGCUUUUGCAUACUGUCUCUUUUUUGGGUGUUGUCUUUUGAGCUUCAAUUGAGGGGAUACGAGUAACUCAGAAUGUCUUGGUUCUGGUCGGAUGUGUGUGUGUGUGUGUGUGUGUGUGUGUGUGUGUGUGUGUGUGUGUGUGUGUGUGUGUGUGUUGAGAGAGAGAGAGAGAGAGAGAGAGAGACAGACAGACAGACAGACCGACAGACAGACAGACAGACAGACCGACAGACAGACAGACAGACACACAGAGAGAGAGAGAGAGAGAGAGAGAGAGAGAGAGAGAGAGAGAGAGGAUGCACAGAGGAGCCUGCAACUUUGCGCAUGUCCUGAAAAGUCCAAGCAGGUUCUCAAACCUGCAGGCAGGUCCUCAAAUACUGGAGGCAGGUUCUAGCAGGUUCUCACAUACUGCAGGCAGGUUCUAAAAGCUCUCAAGACUGCAGGGUUUUUUGAGGUGCUAAGGUAGUUUUUGAUGCUCUUUAAGUUCUAAAAGUUCUCAAAAAGUGCUGAGAUAGUUUUUCCUGCUCUUAUGUACACCAAGGAUCAAAGCCAGAUCGAGUGGAGACGUAAUCUGUGGAGCCAGAUACAAGGUAAAUUGGAGGGGGCCUGAGACGCUCACUACCUUGGCAGCUUGGCGACACUGCAAAUGCAGAGCAAGUCGAGGACGAGGAAGUGGUGGAUGUAUGUGCUAUGUCAUGGCCAGGGGGUGCUGGUGAUUUUUUCUGUCUUUCCUAUCUUGUCUCGCAACUCUCCGACUUUUUCAUUUUUCCGUUCUUUCUUGUUUUUUCAACUUUUUUGUAUAUAUAAACUUGAACAUUGAGAAGUAAAUUGGAUUUCGUUCA